CCCCCCCCGCAACCAAUGAACGCGGCGCGGCGCGGCGGCUCAUUUGCAUCUCGGCGCGUCGCAGCCAAUGAGCGGGCGGGCCGGCGGCGGCGGCGGCGCGCUCGGAGCCGCCCCGGCUCAUUCGGAGAAUGGCCGCGGCCACGGCGUGCGGCUCCCCGGCGCCCCGGCCGCGCAGACGGGGCGACUCGCGGCGGCGGCAGGCCGCCCUCUUCUUCCUCACCAACAUCUCCCUGGACGGCCGCCCGCCCUGCCCGGCCGCCGAGAAGCAGCCUCCCCUUCCUCCUCCUCCUCCUCCUCCCCCCCCUCCUCCUCCUCCUCUGCCCUCCGGGGAAGGGGAGGAAGAGGAGGAGGAGGAGGAGGAGGCGGCGGCGGAGCCGGCCGGAGCCCCGCCGCGCUCGCUGGCCCCGCAGCGGGCUCCCCCCGGGUUCCCGGGUGCCUCGCUGCUGCCCGGUUCUUCGCCGGCUGCUGCGGGGAACGGGGCUGCCGGGCUCCGCCAAACCGGGGGUUCCCGGGCUGCUGAGCCCCGCGCCGGGCGCUGCGGGAGGCGGCUUGGCGCUGGAGGUGCAGCGGCAGAGAAGGCGUUUUAUCUCCCAGCGCUGCUCUCUAGACUUUUUAGAAGACAUAGUGGAAUAUGCCAGUGUACAAAGAACCAAGAAUAUAUCUGGGUCUCCGAGGCACAAAAGUUUGAAGAAGAUGCACUUCAUCAAGAACAUGAGGCAGUAUGACACAAAAAACAGCAGGAUAGUAUUAAUCUGUGCUAAACGAACACUGUGUGUGGCUUUUUCGAUCCUACCUUACGGGGAGACUUUACGAAUCAGUGAUCUAAAAAUGGAAGGACAGAAGCAGCGACAUCCUUCUGGGGGAGUUUCAGUCUCCACUGAGAUGGUCCUUGGAAUGGAAGGAGUAGAGCUAGGUGCUGACGGCAAGGUUGUGUCCUAUGCAAAAUUCCUGUAUCCAACCAAUGCCCUAGUUGUUCGUAAAGCUGACAGCCACAGCGCUGUUCCUUCAUGUCGAGCUAGUGCUUCACGGAGUCUUCCUGGAUCAAGAUACAAACCUGUGACAGCAAAAACUAUUCCAGCAGGAACAGAGCUUGGAAGUGAAGCUGGGGAAGCAGCAGAGUACGAUCCAAAUCUUCUGGAUGACCCUCAGUGGCCCUGUGGAAAACACAAACGUGUUCUCAUCUUUGCUUCUUACAUGACAACAGUCAUAGAAUAUGUGAAGCCCUCAGACCUGAAGAAGGAUAUGAACGAAACCUUUAGAGAGAAGUUUCCUCAUAUCAAGUUGACACUGAGCAAAAUUAGGAGUUUAAAGAGAGAAAUGCGGAAUCUGAGUGAAGAAUGCAAUCUGGAGCCAGUUACUGUGUCCAUGGCUUACGUUUACUUUGAGAAGCUCGUUCUCCAAGGCAAACUUAACAAACAGAACCGCAAACUGUGCGCUGGUGCUUGCGUUCUGCUUGCAGCCAAGAUCAGCAGUGAUCUCAGGAAACACGAAGUCAAACACCUUAUAGAUAAAUUAGAAGAGAGAUUCAGAUUCAACAGAAGAGAUCUCAUUGGUUUUGAAUUCACCGUUCUUGUAGCUUUGGAACUGGCUCUCUAUCUUCCUGAAAACCAGGUUUUACCUCAUUACAGACGGCUCACACAACAGUCUUAACCAAAGCUACUUUCCAGCUGAUAGCAUCACUGAACACGGUUGCUGAAGUUGCCACUGGCCUUUCUGUGCCACUGUGUGCAUCCUGCUAUGGCUACAGCUAGUUUUGAAGUCUGCGACGUGUGUGUGAACUGUCAACGUGUGCAUUAUGGACACACAUGCCAAGACUGGGAGAUGGUACGAGAAGAGUUGUUGAACUUUAUUUUCUUUCGGACAUUUGAAGCACAAAUAUUCACCAGUUAGCUGUUAUGGCUGCUGAUUAUUCCUUAUUUAUCUUUUCAGUUUUACUAAAACUGUUCUUCCCUAUGAAGAAUCCUAUGAUAUUGUUUCUUUUUUUUAAGCCUUUAUUGUAUUCCUUGAAACUAAAGGAAGCAUCACUUCCAUUCCAGUGCACCAUAAAGUUCAGAUGUUUCCAAGAAUCUUUUUGCAUUUUUACAUUAGUGAAACACAUACUUUAUUUUUUUUGAAGAUGUGCCUAAAACUGGCUGGUCUGGUACCAGUACUUUUUAAGUUAGUUAUGUUAUUUAGUGGGAAAUUCUGAAUUUAUAUAGCCAUUUAUUCUUUACCUGCAUUGGCCUUGCAUAUAAGGAAAAUAGUUCCAGUAUAUCUGCACUAAUGAUACACGGGGCAUCUAUACUAUAUAGCUAGAUUGAAAUUACUGUUUCAAUUUAGUUAACUAUAGUAUUUUAAGAUUAUACACUUUAUUUAAAAAGUAAAGAUUGAUUCAAAAUCUGUCAUGAAAUACCACCUGUUGAACAAGGUAGCUGCAAAGUGAUUGCCAUCCUAAUCCACUCUUAAAUGGAAGAUGAGUGCUUUUAACUAAGAACAACUUGCUGUAAAAUGUAUAAUUUCUGGUUUUGAUUUGUUUGUGUUUUGUAGUCUGAAAUAAGCACCUUUUUAGUAUGACUGUAUUAUAUAUGGUCUUAGUGCUCUGAGCAAGUACGUAAGUCAGUGGAGCUAUUCCUGCCAAACUAAGCCAGUGAAACAAAGCAUGCUCAAUAUUUAAAAUGCUACUUUUUAAAACUCCGUUCUUCCAAGCAUUGCGUCACUGUGAUGGUCCUCAAAACUAGCAUUUGUUGCACAUCGGAACAGCCACUUAACAGCUGGUGCCAGGCAGCAUUCUAAUGCUUAUGCCAGAGGUUAAAUAACUUCUUUUGACCAUUGGCUAUUCCUUCAUUUAUUUUUAAAAUAUCCAGGUUGGGAAUGAACUCUGAUUAUAUGUGGAACCUUCUGUGACAUUGGCUCUUGGUUUUGUUUUCUGAAGCAGUAUUAUGAUACAAGUAACUGUCUAUUUGCAAGAAACAAAACUGAUGCUUGGCUGUUAUGACUGAGAAAUUUGUAACUUGUUUGACUCCCAAAUGAAAUACUAGACCUCAUAAGGUUACCUGCUAUCUAAUAUGUAAAGUAAUGUAAAUUGCUGUUCCUUGUAUUAAAUGUUGGUUUUAGGCAAAAACAAAGCUGAAUCUUUGUUCUUCAGCUGUGUUUUGCCUAAAGCUGAUUAGUCGUCAUUAGAGUUGCACCAAAACUAUACUGGAGCCCUUUCCUCUUUAAGUAGGGCUCAAAAUGUAUCUUUUCAUAUAAUAACUACAGUGACUAUCAAAUCUUUUGUAACUGUGUUCAACUGUGUGUAGCUUCAAGUUAUUUGUGUAAACUUAAUAUGGUUCUGACUUCUCUUUAACACAGAAGGACUUUCCAGUCUCUGUAAGUGAGAUGGUAGGCGUUAAGUUAGACAAUAACCUUGCCAGUUAUCUUCCAAAAGGUUUAGAAAAAUGUCUACUAGUUCAGCUUUCUACUGAAUAUAACUGUCAUUGCAUGCAAGAAAUAGCAAUGUACUAAACAUCUAGAGUAUAGAGAGCCUUGAAAUUAGAAAAAUGUGGUAAACACAACGAAAGUGGUCCACCACUUCCUAUACUCAUUGUGUGAGGGGAAAGAGCUAGAACUGAGUAAAGAAACUCCUCACAAGGUAUCUCCAGAAAUAGUAAAACACUUCAUUUAGUGUAAAUGAAGUCGCAAAAUGUCCUUCUUUGGAGAUUUCCUUCUAUUUAGUGUAUAAAGUUUUCUGUAACAUAAUUCUCAGACAUCUAGAGAAAAAUGUAUUUAUUUUUGGAACAGUUCAGUCUCUAUUCAGUGGAAGUUUGUCUAGUCGCAGUGGGCAUUUGGGCAAGAGAUCCCCUCCCAGAAUGGAAGGUAUGGUUUCACAUGAUAAAUGGGAAAGCUUUGGGGUUUGGUUAUUUAGUUUGCAUUUUCUUCGGAAGAACAGCUUAGGGUAAGGAAUACUAAAUGCCAGAACGCUGAAUGCUGUUUAAAGGUAACUGUGAACGUUGGCUCAGGCCCACACAGCAUUGCUGAGCUCGGAAGCUCGGGACACCAUGAAGCAAACGCUGUCCUGGCGCUUCUCAAACGGGCAGGGGCAGUGUUUGAGCAGCGCUGUAGGAUGCGGGCCUCUGGCUGACAGCAUCCAGCUGCUGGGCCUGCGACUUGUAAAUUGGUACCUCUGUCGUGGUGCCUCUGCAGGAGCUGUCACUCUGUGACACUGCAAGCUGUGUGUGUCUGUUAAUUUCUCUGUAGCUAGAGUGUAGUUUGCAGUCCUGUUCAAUUCUGCCUGUGUGGUAAUAUUUAUCUUCUCACGUAAAAGCUGCCACCAUGUGGCAAGGGACUAUUCCUACAUUACCAAUUAAUAAACUGAGAGGGGGACCCUCACGAAGUGUGUUCACCGGCAUUUCUUCUCCUCAAGGAGCUCCUGUUACUUCAGAGGGAAGCAGCAAGUGCCCCAUGAAGAUGACAAGAGCGAGAUGUUCCUGUCUACACCCAGCUCCCUUACGGUUUCUGUCCUAGCGCGUUAUUUAAGUUCCUCACUUGCCGCCCGUUCCCGAUUCCUCCCUGUCCAUGCCCUUGUGAACCCACCAUGUUGUGAAAUAAACCCGGUUUUAUACGUGUUUUGUAA